UACAAAGUUUUUGAAUUAAUCUGUGGUUUGAAAUAUGGCAGGUUUUGCUACAGUGAUGAUGUUCAUAACUACUCUGCACUUGGCUUCUCUUGUGAGAGCACUAAAUGUAAAUUAUUAUGAAAAUACGUGCCCUCAUGUGGAUUCCAUUGUAGCUGCUUCUGUUCACAAAGCCACCAUGAAUGACAAAACUGUUCCUGCUGCUCUCCUUCGAAUGCAUUUUCACGAUUGCUUUAUAAGGGGUUGUGAUGCCUCUGUUCUUCUGGAAUCAAAGGGAAAAACCAUAGCAGAAAAGGAUGGACCUCCUAACAUUUCAUUGCAUGCAUUUUAUGUCAUUGACAAUGCUAAGAAAGCACUUGAAGAAGUAUGCCCCGGAGUGGUUUCUUGUGCUGAUAUUUUGGCUCUUGCUGCUAGGGAUGCUGUUACUCUGUCCGGUGGUCCCACUUGGGAUGUUCCAAAAGGAAGAAAGGAUGGAAGGAUAUCAAUGGCCACUGAAACCAGACAAUUGCCAGCUCCUACAUUCAACAUCUCCCAAUUACAACAAAGCUUCUCUCAGAGAGGUCUUUCCUUGGAGGAUCUUGUAGCCCUCUCAGGAGGACACACACUUGGAUUCGCUCACUGUUCAUCUUUUCAGAACAGAAUCCAUAGAUUCAGCCCAAAACAAGACAUCGACCCUUCUCUGAACCCUUCAUUUGGAAGCAGACUCAGAAGCAUUUGUCCCUCUCAUAACAAGGUGAAAAAUGCAGGAACCUCAUUGGAUUCCAGUUCCACCUUGUUUGACAAUGCUUAUUACAAGUUGCUCCUCCAAGGAGAGAGCAUAUUCUCUUCUGAUCAAGCUCUGCUAACUCAUCCCACCACUAAAGCUUUGGUUUCAAAGUUUGCUUAUUCUCAAGAGGAAUUUGAAAGGGCCUUCGUGAAGUCCAUGAUCAAGAUGAGCAGCAUCACCAACGAUGGACAACAACAAAUCAGGCUCGAUUGUAAAUUCGUUAGAUGAUUAAUUCAUAGUUUGUAUUUGAAUCAAUUGUGUUUGUGCUGUAUCAAUGCAUUGAGGAAGCAAGGGCGAUGAAAUAUAAAAGGAAAAUGUUUAUGGUAAUCCAUGACUAGUGGCCAAAGCAAGUGUUCAAUUUUUCUUUGAAUUUUCAGUCUUUGUUUUGA